AUGAGCUCUGAGAGUCCAACUGGAAGCUCUAUACCAUCAAGGACUCCAAGUAUAGACUCCAGAAUAUAUUCAAUUCCUGACACGGUGGUCGAUCUGGCUCAAACUGAUGAGAGCAGCAGUGAAGAUGACUUAGAAGCAGAUAAUGACAGUGAGGAUGCUUUCCUUAAUCAGGCAGUGGCAGAAAGUAGCAGUAUGUUUUUGAUGAGUCAGAUUGAUACUCCGAUGUUCGACGCGUCUAGGUACAUUUUCCAAUCUCUUACGCAAAGUAUGAAUUCUGUAGACUUCUCCGAAGCGAUUGCGCUGCAAACGCGGACCUCAGGGUUGAUAAAUUCCAAAAGUAGAGAGCUUAAACGUUUGACAUCGGAGCUAGAGCAGCGAUUACUCAUCUUCCAGGACAAAUUCGAGAAGGGAGCAGCAUCAUCGAAGCGCAUCAAAUACAACUUACGGAAGACAUCUGAAACCAUAAAGAAGAUAAAUGCUGAGUUCGAACGACAGUACCCUAUCGAAUUCAACCAGGCCCGGGAAUUGAUUUUCGAGAGGCCUUUCGAGGAUUGA